AUGAAGUUCGCGAAGGAGCUGGAUCGAGACCUCGUUCCAGAAUGGAAGAUCAAGUAUCUCAAUUACAAGGCAGGAAAGAAAUAUGUCAAAGCUGUAUCUCGAGCCAUAACUAGGGCAAACGGGACGCCUGCCUUGGGUAGAAAACCCGAACUGCCACCCCGUGCUACCCCAAUUAGUCUGACGACACCUCAAACAACGAGGCGUCAAGAUGGAGGCUCUCGUUCUGAUGGCUCAGCUGGGACAAAUCCGCUGAGCACCAGCCCUCCCCCAAUGGGUCGGUAUCGGACCACAACAGCCUCAGGAAGAACAGCGGAGCAACAAACCCCCAGGACAGAGGCAGCGACUAUUCCCGUGCCCAUCAGACCGGAGCGUCAAUCUCUAGCUCGAUCGCCUGGAAAUGGAGGGAAUUAUGGUAGUUUCGUUCCCACUCCUCCUGCGCCAUCUCCUUUGACCACCACUGGGAGUCGGCAUACAUUUGAGCUACCCGACCCGGCCAUUCGCGUUCCAUCGAAUACGAGUGAGCCUGGUCUACCCCCGCCGGCAACAGAACUUAAUCCGUCUCUCGGAAGGCUGGCUUUACAGCGAAGUGUGUCUAUGACUCCCUCCAUGCCGGGUCUCGGGCAAUCUUCUACUCUGCCACGGCCAAGCCCAAUGAGAGCCGGCAGCUCUUCAAGCCGACUGCGCCGCAUGUUCUCCCACGGCCAGUCUCCUCUGAGGCAAGACACCGUCAAAUCUGACUACGGCAUGCAAGCUCUAGAUAGCGUUCGUCAACGGGAGAAAGAGUUCUUCGAUUUCCUUGAUGGGGAGCUCGAUAAAGUGGAAACGUUCUACAAGCAGAAAGAAGAGCAGUCUGCUCAGCGAUUGGGUGUGCUGAGGGACCAGCUCCAUGAGAUGCGUAACAGGCGUGCGGAGGAACUUGCCGAGGCGCGAAGGCGGAAAGAAGGGGAGAACCAAGAAGACCACCAUGCCAAUGGGUUCAUCCGCAGCCGUGAAGGUUCUCAAGCUUGGAUUGACCCGAUCAAAUCCAAGAUCUUCAAACCUGGACCCAACUCAAAGGCGCUGCUUAAGAUGGCAAGAACGCCUGUGCUGGGGGCCAUGUCCGAUGAGCGGCGCGACUAUAUCAGACGGCCGCAUGAUCACGAAGUCCCUUACAGGACCGCAAAGCGCAAAUUGAAACUCGCGCUCCAGGAGUUCUACAGAGGCCUUGAGCUCUUGAAGUCUUAUACACUCCUCAACCGUACAGCGUUCAGGAAACUGAACAAGAAGUACGAUAAAGCUGUCAACGCUCGGCCGCCUUAUCGCUACAUGAACGAGAAGGUGAACAAGGCUUGGUUUGUCAACAGUGAUAUCAUUGAUGGGCAUAUCAAGGCAGUGGAAGACCUGUAUGCCCGUUACUUUGAAAAGGGCAACCACAAGAUCGCUGCUGGAAAGCUUCGUCGCUUAACCCGCAAACCCACCGAUGAGUCCGGGAGCACGUUCCUGACUGGUCUCUUCAUCGGCACGGGUAGCGUCUUCGCGUUUCAGGGUAUGGUUUAUGGUGCGGAACUUCUGUUCGACGAAGAUCCCCUGGUGCGACAGCAGACCAGCUACUUGAUGCAAAUCUAUGGGGGCUACUUCCUCAUGCUCUUUCUCUUCUCCCUUUUCUGCGUCGACUGUUUUCUAUGGACCUCGAACAAAGUCAACUAUCCGUUCAUCUUCGAAUUCGACCCGCGGCAUCAUCUGGACUGGAGGCAACUCUCGCAAUUCCCAAGCUUCUGUCUGCUUCUCUUCGGACUGUUCAUAUGGCUCAACUUUACUCGAUACGGCACACCUGAGAUGUACCUGUACUAUCCCGUCAUACUGAUUUUCUUGACAUUGGUGCUCAUCCUGCUCCCUUUCCCCAUCUUGGGGCAUCGAAGCCGGAAGUGGUUUGCAUAUUCGCACUACCGCUUGUUCUUUGCCGGUCUAUAUCCUGUCGAGUUCCGGGACUUCUUCCUUGGUGAUAUAUAUUGCUCUUUGACAUACGCCAUGUCGAAUAUUGAGCUCUUCUUCUGCCUAUAUGCCCACUAUUGGAACUAUCCCGACCAGUGCAACUCGAAUCACUCACGACUUCUCGGGUUCUUCUCUGCCUUGCCUCCCAUCUGGCGCGCGUUGCAGUGUGUUCGGCGUUACCUCGAUACGAGAAACAUCUUCCCUCAUCUGGUCAACUGCGGCAAGUACUGUAUGACGAUUCUGGCUGCCGUCACGCUGUCCCUUUACCGCAUUGAAGGGUCAAACGCCACCCUCGCCCUGUUCGCCACGUUCUCAGUGGUCAACUCAAUCUACUGCUCGAUCUGGGACUUGCUGAUGGAUUUCUCUCUCCUCCAACCCGACUCACGUCACCGGUUCCUCCGAGAUAUCCUUGCACUCAAGCGUCGCUGGCUUUACUAUGUCAUCAUGGUCAUUGACCCCAUCCUACGUUUCGCUUGGAUAUUCUACGCAAUCUUCACGUUUGACAAGCAGCAUAGCACCAUUGCCUCGUUCAUGAUUGCCUUCGCCGAAGUGACUCGUCGUGGCAUGUGGGCCCUGAUCCGAGUGGAAAACGAGCACUGCGCCAACGUCGCCCAGUACAAGGCCAGCCGCGAUGUCCCGCUCCCGUACAAACUUGACCUCGAACCCCUGGUUGAGCGGGCUAGUGAGGACCGAAGCCAAUCCAGCAGGGCUUCAGCCGAGGCCACGGCUAGCGCAGUCGAUCCUGGAAGGGCCGGCGCAGCGGCCCGCACAGGUACAGAACCCGAUGCGGCCUCUCCUGCACCAGCAGCGGAUGAGGGUGGACUUCGUCGCAGGAGGAAGUCGGAAGUUGUGCGGAGCGGUGGCGAGACAAUCCGAAGAAAGAUGGCGGAGGCCCACAAGCAGGACUUUGAGAAGAAGAGAAGGCCAGCCGAGCCCCCUAAGGAGGAUGAGCAGGAUCCAGAAGAUGACUUGCGGAGCGACGAGGACGACGACGACGAUGAUGACUCUGCGAGCGUACUUGAUGAGCGGAUGGAGCUUCGCCAAGCUGAACAUUUGGUCAGAAGCACGAAUAGUGACAGCGACGACUAG